AUGAAUAAGAACCACGCGAACAAAAGACUGAACCAGCUGCCGAGCUGGCUGUGGACCAACUCGACCACCCUGCCGCCGGUCUACAAGAUGGUGUGGGAGGCGGUGCGGGAGGACCGGGUCAGGUCGAACGGCGUGCAAGCCGAGCUGCUUGUCGACACCAAUAAAGUAUUUCCACUGUUACUCACCAGCCAGCUUCCCACAGAGGUGCUUGGUCACAUAUGGAGCCUGGCUAACCAGAAAUAUUCCGGACAGCUGACCGAGCAAGAGCUGUACGUCGUGCUGGCUCUCGUGGCCGCCGCCCAAACGUCUUACACCUUUAACAACCUCGACAUUCUGCACCUGCUGCCGUUUCCACCGACGCCGUACUUGAAUAUAGAAUGCCUGAUGAACCUGCAGCCCACCAGUGCGCAAACCAGCGUGCUGAAACUUCAGCAUCACGACAAUGAUGAAUCUGGUGCGGGCGUAGCGGAAACGAAACAUGUUCCUGAGAUUAAGGGGAAAUCUCGAGCCAAGGCUCACAUGAACGCACCAUUUGACGCAAAUGUAUCCUUCUCAAAUAAUAUUUUUGGGAAAUCCUCCGGUUUCGACGUUAAGAUCCAGGCUGCUGCAUCCAGUAGUGCGCCUGGUAAUGGCUUCAAUUUGUUCAAGGACGCGAAGCAAAUUUCACGUGUUCAGACUGAAGUUCCGUCCGCGUCUUUCGAUGAGUCGUACGACGAGUUCACGGAGUUCCAAAGUGCGCCGAUUCCCAGCGUUUCGGCUAUACCGAUGUGGGACACUAAGCAGGGUUCCGCGAUCGGCAGCAGACUCGCUAAUCACAAUUUAGGAGUAAAGAAGACAGUCGACAAAGUUAAAAAAGCGACUACUGGCACGAAAACCUUGCACGUUAACACACAAAUUCGCCCAGCUGUGGCCAUGAAUCUGUCGUAUCAAGGCAAAGAUCAGUCUCCAAUAGAGUCGCCGUCAGAACUGUUUCCUAAAUGCGCGAUGAAGAGCCAAUCUAAGACUGUAAUACUCAAAGACACCGUGAUCAGAAAUAACGACACGCCUAAGGACUAUAACGAUGGCUUUAACAGUCUAGCAAACGUGACGGAGGUCACGCAUCUCAGCAAUGAAAAAGAGGUAUUACCUAAACUGGAAUUAACACCCAAGACUGUCACAGUAGACGCAUCCAAUUCUAAUGUCCAACAAGAUUUAAUGAGCUUGCAACAAAACGAGGAUAAGUACAGCGCACUGCGUGUAUUAGUCCAGGAGACGUCCAUCGUGAAUGACGCGAAUUUAGACUCAACUUUUAAUAGUCAGUCAGCUGACGAAUUCGGGGAGUUUAUGUCUGCGGAACAGCCGUCUGCCAAUCCCUCCGUGUCAGAUGCUUUAGAUACCGAUAGCUUUAGUAAUAUAUUUGCGGAUUUCGAGUUUAAAACGCACACUAGUGUUGACAGUGGUAACUCGACAGAUCUGAACUUUGUAUCCGAAGUAUCUGAAUCCUUCAGUAAUCUGAAACUUGACGAUGGGAUUGAAGGGCAAUUGAUAGAAUCAGGAAAGAGUGUUCAGAAAGAGGAUGCCAUUUCGAUAAAUAGCGUAGAGUUGAUUAGUGGUCCAUCCGAAGCACUGCCACGAUCUGGAUCUGUGCCUAGCUUAGAUCUUAAAUCGUUUUUACCUUCGAGUAUAGAUGAGGAUCAAGUCGUAGAAGCUCCACAGCAGACUAUAUAUUGGGAAUGGAAGCAAUAUAUGGAAAGCUGUGUUUUGCUGUUACAAGUUGCGGCCAACAUAUUUACCAGUAUCACGUCGGAAUUAGUUUUGCAGGAAGUUCUAAGUUCAGCCCAGGGAUAUAACUUUCUUUGCCAAUUAGCUGAGGUCGCGGCUGUUUGCAGACGCGUUAAUUUUUCUUAUAAAGAGCUGGACAUAAAUAUUAUUGGAUUUGAUGAUCUUUUAAUGGACAUUGAUCGGAUUUGGGCUGACAUGGAACCCUUUUACGCUAACAUACCAAUCGUCACCGAGCUACCGGCUUGGCCAUUACAUCAGGGAGAGUGCGUAUCUUGUUCCCUAUGCUUAACGGUUAUUACAAGCGGUCGAGUUAUUUACAAUGAUAAUAACUAUCAUGUAACAUGCGCAAAUUUAUGGCUCAAUUGCGUAAACAAUCAAUUGCCGGUAAUGAGAUACUCUUUAAUUUAUCCUCAAUCUAAUAUAUGUCCAGGAAGUCAUAUUUAAAUAGCAAUUUUUGCGCAUUUUCUUUGCGCAUUGCAACGUUUUCAAAUUUAGAAACUCAAAUACGUUUUGCAUGCAGAUUUUAUUAAAGUGACAUCCAAGCAUUAAUACUAAAAAAAAA